AUGACUCCAUCAACGGCUCCAAGCACAACGCCGACGCACUACUUGAUCCUCAACCUUCCAUAUCCCCCGCCUCAACCCCUUCCCAAGCCAGCUGUAAAACUAGCUUACCAUCGCGCGCUACUAAAACACCAUCCCGACAAAGCUCGAGCAGCUACAUCCACAUCCUUAUCCAACCCCGCCCUCACCACCGGUGCCAGCAAGAUCGCAAAUUCAGGCCCACAAUGCACAUAUAGAACAGCGCGGGUGGCAUCUAGUGUAGCUGCCAUAGCUCCAGUGGAUGACGCGAACGGAAAGGACAUCCCCUACGACUUGCACCGGUACACUGUCGACCAAAUAACCAGGGCGUACAAGAUUCUCUCAGACCCAGUCGCCAGGGCUGAAUACGACCGCUCACUUCACCUGUUGGGGAUAAAUGGCAGCAUAUAUGGACAUAGGCAUUGUGGCAGUGACGGUGACGGUGACGAUACGGAUUUCCGGACAGGAAUGGAGGUUUUUGAUCUAGAUGAUAUGGAGAUUGGGAAUGUUUUGGGUUCCGACACAGGAACUGGUGACAGUGGCGGUGGGAUGUGGUACCAUGCCUGCCGGUGUGGGGAGGAGAAAGGAUUUCUGGUGUUGGAAGAGGAUCUGGAAAGGGAGGCGGAGGGAGGAGAAGUAGUUGUAGGGUGUUGUGGGUGCAGUUUGUGGGCGAAGAUUGUGUUUGCUGUUGAAGAUGGGGGCGAUGAGCUUGUUAUGGAUGAGGCCGUGGAUGGGAGUGGGGAUGGGAGUGGGAAUGAGAACGGGAAUAGUAGGAUAUCGUGA